UCCUUGUGUAUUUUAUUACAAGUUGGUGAUCCACACGGGAUGAAUAAAAUGACUUAAAUAUCUUGAAGAAGAUCAUUUCAGUUUCCUGUUGUUUAUAAUUUUUUUCUCUUCUGAUUAGCCAUUGCAUAUUCAUAGCGGCAGUGUGGAUGUGGUGGAAAGGCACCACACAGGCACCUCUCAAAGGGUCUGAAACCACAUCCUUAGUCAUGCCACUGAUGGUGACGCUUUCGCUGUGACGAGGGCUGUUCAUUGUUCCACUCAGUGUUCUCACACAGACAUCAGUGCAUUAAUGACUCCGUUAGCUGGUUGACUAAUUAAAACGGCAGAAUUUUGAAGCACAAAAAGUUUCAGCUGCUGUGUUUCAUCCUGUCUAACCAGCAGCUGAUAACAGUGGGUCAUCCCAAUGGCUCUUAAACCUGUGUGCUUAUUGUUGCUGUGGGACCUCACUUUGUUGAUUCAUGGUGUCACAUCUCUAUGCAAUGGCACCUGCUCGACGGACUAUGAGGAAUCACUGAAUUGUUCCUGUUCAAGCUCUUUGCCGACAUAUCCUGUCCUACUUCAAGUCAGUUGCAGUGAAGAACAGGAAGAGGUUAAUGGCAGCUGUGAAGUCAAACCGCCUCAAUCCUGGUGCACAAUGCAUCUGGAAGACCUUUAUCUGGUUGCAUCCAUUGGCUCCAAGUGCAGUGUGACAGUCAGUCAACAAGACGAUCAAGGAAUAAACAGGACCUAUAAGUCAGCCAGCUGGUCACUGAGUGAUGUGGUUAAACCUCAACCUCUCUCCAAAGUUCAAGUGACAAACACUGAUGGAUUCUACAACAUCACUUGGGACAACCACAACGAAAAAGACUGUCUCAUAUACAACGUGCGCAUAAGAGAGAGCAAAGACUUGUCAAAGGAUCCAGUUUAUUUACUCUUAAUAGAAACAAAGUACAUUCAGUUAGACCAUAACAAACUUCAGCCAAAGGUCAACUAUACUGUGGAUGUUCAGGCCAAAAUGUGCCCCGACAAUGUCUAUCGCGGUCCGUGGAGCGAGUGGAGCGCUACUGCAGAAUGGAGAACGACAGAAACUUCUGUAGAGGUUGAAGGAUACAAUGGAACUUGGUUGUAUAUCUCCUUUGGCUUCAUUUUUGUCCUCGGCUUCCUGUAUUUACAGAAACUGUGUUUGCAGAAAAGAAUCCAGCUGAUUACAUACAUACCCAAGCCAAAUGAGUUUUUCAAGCCCCUCUACCAUGACUAUGGAGGGAACUUCAAGGAGUGGGUGAAGCCUGUAUUCACCGAGUAUGAUUACCUAAGGAUCAACUCGCAUGUGCAGAUGAUGGGCGAGAAGCAGCACGACAUCCUUCAGUGGAACAACGAGGCGCAAAGCUACAGCGAGGACAACGAGACAAAACAAGGUGGUCAUUUCCUCCAUAUGCUGCAGCCUCACAGCAACUCGCCACUGCACUUCCAGGAUGGUGGCAGUUCACAGGGCACCAGUCACUCCAUGGGACACAUCUCCAUCCAUACUGUGACCCUGUCUGGAGAAGAGUUCGAGGAGGAGGUCAUGUCGCAGAGCUCCGUGAACACCCUCAGAAGUUUCCAAGAUGGAGAAAGCUUUGGUUCGUUUGAAGAAGACAACAGAGAACACGCUGGCUAUGAUUUAGAGGGACCUCAGUUGUCCAGGAUGGAUAGACAAAGUGGGAUGUUACCACAACAUGAAAACCAAGUAUCCAAUAAGUUAUCAGUGGAAAAUUUAAACUUUCAACCACACGCCCAGUUUAACGAACCAGAGAGACUAUCACUUGACUCGUUCGCCUCUAACGAGCAGUCGGAAGACGGCUACCCUCAUGUGGACUUGGACACCAUCGACAGUGGUUUUGUAGAGUGCAGCAGCCCAGGGGCCUCAGACUCAAACAGGGGAGAGCAGAUUGACUCUGAUUUAUUUCAUGAGCACAAGAACUCAAAUUCUAACUACGUCAAGCAGUGGAUGAUAUGUAACACUAUUCAGGAGAACUCCAGCAACUCAGAGAAUGAACAACGUGAAACACAGUGAUUAACGCUUCUGAUUUACUGCCACAAUUACAGUUUCCAAUGUUGUGCAACAUGCAUGUAAAACAUGGACAUUAUUGUUGGCAAUUUCUACAACAGAUAUUUGAAUUAAAAGAAGAUUCUAGUUGUCUGGUCAGCAUAUAAUCCUGUAUGUUUUGUUCAUCUUGAAAUGUUUUGUACUACAUAUGUAUAUAGUCAUGUUCAUGUUUACUUUUGUGUGUUUUGCUUUUAAAAAGACAAUUCAAAGAGACCGGAGUGUGAGAAUGUAAUACUCUUAUCUUGUUCUAACUGACUCUUACGGUAAGUUUUUUAAACUUGAUUACUCAAGUCAUUUUUUUUAAAUGUAUCAAUUUAUUAAUAGAUCACAGUAAAGCACUGAGAAAGUCUAUAAUUAGCCCGAUGGAACGCUCCUGACUUCAUAGACGUGACAACACAGGAUCAAAAUGUUGCAUAUUGCUUUGGUUUAGACUGCUGGAGAGUGUUUUCUGCACUUUUGUCACUGUAUUUACUGCUUCACACUGUCAUGUCCAUCCAUACUUCAUUAGCCUGUGCUGCAGCAUGAGCAUGCAUACUGCCUUAUCAAGAUGUCUGAUAAUGUUUGUUUUCCUUGCACAUGCGUUUUGUCUGUAACCACUGUAACCAUCCAUCCUGUUUUGUGCAAUGUCAGUAA